GUUCAGGUCAGGCAACUUUGUUGUAGGAGUGUGCUGAGCGGAAGUCUGUGGUGGGCCGUCAAAAUUCUCCCGUGUUGCAACAAACUAUUGCAGCAUUUUCAUCAAUAUCAAGAAGUAAAGAAGAAGAGAAAAAGCAAGUGGUGCGUCUCCGGAGUCACAGGGCUCUGCUCCCUGUGUCCGUGCAGCAGACAGCAGACAGACGGUCGGCAUCACCGCUGAGAGGAGGAGAGGAGAGCUGCGGCUUAUCGGCUCCAUCCGAGCAUCUCUGCGCUAAACCAGGACAAUGCGCCUGGGCCAUGGACGAAACUCAAAGAUUUACUAUGUGUGAGGCUCAGGGCUGAGGAGACAGACCAGGAGAUGGGCUGCACGUCGGCCAAACAGGUGUCUGCGGUACCCAACGGAGAGGAGGAGAACAGCAAAGCCCAGAGCAACGGGGACCUCCUCUCUGAUGAGUACAAGAUGAAAGCAGUGGAAAAAGUAAAGUACAUCAGUGGAGAAGAAGGAGGAGGAGGCGACAGCCAGGACAGCACGGAAAAGAGUGCUCUGCUUGGAGCAGGUCAACAGCUGGAUCAGACCGAACCCAAUGGGGAUGGCAAGAUCCUGAGCAUCCACUCGUCUGAGAGCCAGCAGGAGUUCUUCAGGAUGCUGGAUGAAAAGAUAGCAAAGGGAAGAGACUACUGCUCAGAAGAGGAUGAUCUGACAUAGCACAGAGACUUCAGCCAUAAAAGGGACUGCACCGACAGUCACACAUUUGGUCCUGGUUUUGUUGUGACCACUCAGCUCAUGUACGCACCAACUACAAACUA